GUUUUGACAACCAUUCAUUAUUUGUGUAUAUGUGUACUAUUUAAAUCAAUAAAAAAUGAAAUAAAUUUAUUUAUAAAUAAAAUAAACAAUAAUUACUAAAUGGAAUAUUUCAAGAGCGGUUUGAAGUCGGUUUUGGGGGGCCCACCUCCUGGCACCCAACCAACAGGGCCUGAAACAGUAGAAAAACUAGUAUCUAGAGUGAGUACCAGUACUUUACUGGAAGACCGUAGAGAUGCUUGCAGAGCCCUUAGGGCUCUAUCGAAAAAAUACAGGCUUGAAGUGGGCGCCCAAGGUAUGGACGUUUUGAGGCAGGUUUUGGAGCUGGAUAGAGCCGAUCCAGAAAUUAUUGGUUAUUGUUUAGAUACUCUAUGCAAUAUAACUUCAAAAGAAAUAUUCGAAGAAGAACGUGAAAAUGAUGUUAAUCCUAAUUUAAAUGUAGGAGAGCAAUUCUCGGAAAUGUUUUUGAAAAACCCAGAAAAUUUGCCUGUAAUUCUUAGUUACUUGGAGGAAUAUGAUUUUAGAGUUAGAUGGCCUGCAAUAAAGUUCCUAAUUUCCCUGACAACAUGUAAACCCAAAGAGGUGCAAGAAAUAAUUCUAGUCAGCCCUAUGGGGAUGUCCAAGUUGAUGGAUCUUCUAGCAGAAAACCGUGAAGUAGUCAGAAAUGAUGCAGUAUUGUUGCUGAUUCACUUGACUAAAUCCAAUGCUAAUAUUCAGAAAAUUGUAGCUUUUGAAAACGCUUUCGAUAAGCUAUUGAAUAUUAUCAGUGACGAAGGAUAUACAGAUGGUGGUAUUGUUGUGGAAGAUUGUUUAUUGUUAAUGCUCAAUCUAUUGCAAAACAAUACAAGCAAUAUUAACUUUUUCAAAGAGGGUUCUUAUAUCCAGAAAUUGACUCCUAUGUUUGUGUUGCCAGAAAAUCUUGAAGAGAUUGGUUGGAGCCCGCAAAAAGUGUCAAACUUCCACUGCGUCUUGCACUUGGUCCGGACUCUAGUGUCUCCCAAUAAUCCAGCCCAAAUUAUAACCAGCUGUCAAAAAACCCUCAGAAAUGCCAAUCUUCUUGAAGCAUUGUGCAGCAUCUUGAUGGCCAGCGGCGUACCAGCCGACAUUUUGACCGAAACAAUAAAUACCGUAGGCGAAGUGAUUCGAGGCAAUUUAACCAACCAAGAGUAUUUUACUAAUGUUUUGGCCCCCUCAAACCCUCCCAGGCCUGCGCUGGUUGUCCUAAUAAUGUCCAUGGUGAAUGAGAAGCAACCGUUUGCCUUGAGGUGUGCAGUGUUGUAUUGUUUCCAAUGUUUUCUUUACAAAAACGAAAUCGGGCAGGAAUUGGUCGUGCAAACCUUAUUGCCAAGUUCUAGUGGCAACACUGCAGUGACUACUGGUCAACUUUUGUGCAGUGGAUUGUUCAGUAACGAUCCGUUGAGUAAUUGGUUUUCAGCAGUUGCCUUGUCGCACUGUCUUAUUGAAAAUCCAGCGCAAAAAGAGCAAUUGCUUCGAGUUUUGUUGGCUACAAACUUGGGGGCGCAACCUGUCACCUUGCUGAGCCAAUGUGGAGUCUUUUUGCAACAUACUAGCAAAUUACAAGCCAAACUAGGUAUUCUAAUGCUGAUCUCUAUGUGGAUGGCUCAUUGUCCACCUGCAGUGAAAAUUUUCCUAAACGUCCCGGGAGCGAUGGCCUUUCUGACAGCCCAAACUUCGGCCAGCGAAUUCGACAAUAACGCCGAAUUGUUGCAAGGCAUGUGCGCCUUUAUAAUGGGCCUUUGCGUAUUGUUCAACGACAAUUCGGUGCAGAAUUACUCGAAAGAGAACUUGUCCCAAUUAAUUGAGAAAAGAGUUGGUUUGGAAACUUAUUGUAAAAAGCUCAAUGAAAUUGCCAGGCAUGAGUUGUACGCUAGAGCAGCCAAGCAGCCUCAAAUUAGGGCCAAACAUUCUAGUGAAUUGCUUUUAGAAUUUGAGUUUUGCAAAUUAUUCAAAAUAAUGGAAGGCUCGAUAAUUCAAGCCUUAGGAGUGCAAAGGGAUUUGUCCAAUGGUAUUUCUGAGUUGAGCUUAAGCGAGCAUGAAAAUGCCCUUCUGUUGCAAUAUAAGGAUUUGAUUAGGGAUCAGGAUAAGAAAUUACAAGAGUGUCAAAGGAAGUAUGCGUUUUUGCAGAAACAAUUUGAAGAUGUAAAGGCUCAAAAGGAUGAACUACAACAAACCAAUAUACAAUUAAUAGACCAACAUACUUUAUUUAAAGCCCAAAUGUCAAGUGGAGCUAACAUUAACAAUCUAGAAAAUCAUCAAAAUGAUAAUUCUGCUGAAAUAAUAGAAAACCUAAAAGCCCAACUUGCUAAAAAAGAUGAAGAAUUAGCUGAUAAAAUAGCUGAAUUAGAAAGUUACCAAAAAGAUCAAGACGAUCUUCUAGAACUUCUCACAGCGCAAGACACCAAAUUGAAUAAAUUUAAAGAAAAGUUGCGACAAAUAGGUGCUUUACCUAAAGAGGAAGACAGCAAUUCGGAAAUUUCUGACAACGAAGAUGACAAUAAACCAUCUUUGUUAUAAUUUAUUUGUAUGUAUUUUAAGUACCAUUCCAUGUUUUUUAGCUAAAAGAAAAUAUUAAUCUGCCUUAUAUUAUUAUUGAUUCUUUGUAUUGUAUUUUUGAUUGUUUUUUUUUUGUUUCUUUAUUGUUUUCUAUUUCAAAAGUAAAUAGUAAUUAUUGUUUUGAUAUGAAUUUGACUGUCUUAUUUGCAUAGGCGCAACGAGGGGGGUGCUAAGCACCCUUAAAGCAAAAAAAAAAAACGAAAAUAAUGGGAAUUACGAAAAUUUUGAGUUUCUCGAAAAUUGUAAAAACUAAGGGAUAUUAUGGAAAUAACGAGAAUUAUCUGAGAAAUGACAGGAAUUACAAAAUUUCGAAAAUUCCCAAAUUAAAAUACGAAAAUUACAUGUUUUCGGAAUUAUCAAAAUAACGAAGUUUUCUGAGAAAAUACAGGAAUUAAAAAAUUACGGAAAUCUGAAAACGACAGGAAUUAUUCAAAAAUUAUGAAAAAUACGAAAAAAUCACGGGAAUUAAAAAAAUGGUGACAAUUUCCAAAAAAUUACGAAAAUAACAAGAAUUACAAAAAGUUACGGGAUUCACGAAUUUUCCGAAAAUUACAAAAACUAAGGAGGAAUUAUGAAAUUAACGAGAAUUUUUUGAGAAAUGACGGGAAUUUGAGAAUUUUCGAAAAUUCCAAGAAAAAAAAAAUACGGGAAUUACCAGUUUUUGAGAAUCACAACAAACUGGGGGCGAAUUAUAAAGAUAACGGAGUUUUUUGAGAAAUUACGGGAAUUACAAAAUUACGAAAAUUUGAGGAACUACAAGGAAAUAUAAAAAUUAAAAGAAAUAAGAAAAAAUCACAAUUACUGCGAAAAAAUUACGAUAAUUUUUGGAAAGUUACGGGAUUUAUGAAAAAGUUACGGGAAUUACGAGAAUUACGAGUUUUCCAAGAAUUGCAAUGACUAAGGAAGAAUUAUAGAAAUAGGGAGAAUUAUCUGAGAAAUUACGGAAAUAAUGAAAAUUCACAAAAAAAAAAAAUUGAAAAUUACGGGAAUUACGAAUUUUUGAAAGUAACAAAAACUUAGGGGGAAUUAUAAAAUAAGUAACUGAAUAUUUUGAGAAAUUACAGAAAUUAAAAAAUUACGAAAAUCUGAGAAACAACAGGUGUUUUGUUCCCUCGCCGAUGGUGUCUUUUUCUUCCAGAAUUAAAACAACCAAUCGAAAAUUAAGUGGACUGUAUCAUCAAAUUAAACAUUACUUUUUUAUUCUUUUUUAUAAUUCUAUGACAAUUACAAUUAAUCAAAAUGACAAAUUGACAAACACCUAACAAAUUUUUCCCACAUAUAGGUAAUGAGAUGUAACAACAGGAAUUAUUCAAAAAUUACGGGAAUUACAGAAAAAUUACGAUACAUUUUGGAAAGUUACGAAAAAUUAAGGAACUCACGAAAAAGUUAUGGGAAUUACGAAAAUUACGAGUUUUGCGAAAAUUGCAAAAACUAAGGAAAAAUUAUAAAAAUAACGAAAUUUAUUUGAGAAAUAACGGCUUUCAACAAUUUUUUUUCGCAAUUUCACCUUCACUUUUCCGCAAUUUCAAAGUCCAAACUCACUUUCUCGCAAUUUCAACAAAUUUUUCCGCGAAUUUUGCCUCACUUUUCCGUUAUUCUUGCCUGAUUUUUCAAUAAGUAUAACCUCACUUUUCCGGGAUUUUCGCCUCAC